AGUAGUACUUGCAUUUUUACUGUUAUUAUCAUGAAAUACAAAUUUUUCUUUCUUUUGUUGCGCUUAUCUUCUUGGGGGACGAAUGUCAAAUCGCGUGGGCGUGUGCGACCUGUGAGACAUGAUGUGUCGAACAAUCAAGCCAAAGGUCUCGGCGAGGUUGACGUAACACAUUCACACGUAAACAUUCAACUCAUGUCUUCUCAUUUGUGUUGCUUGUGCACCCAUUUUUUGACUAAUUUUCCACAUUGUUUCGACGGCCCAACCCCGCAAACGAUCUUGUCACACACAAGUUGGGUCCGGGUGCACCCAUCGAUCACACACACACUCGCUCACUCACUCACUCAGUCACUCACUUUGUUAGUCAAUUGCAGUGAUUUGCAGCCAACCAUUCUGCGGUCAUUGUGUGACAAGAUGUCUCUUUCUCCUAUCAUAUACAAACUCCACGCUUACACGCCAUAUCACUUGCAGAAAGAACAGAAAGGACACAUAGUAACGAUGGGGUUCGAGUUGCUAUGGAAGAAGCACUAAUUAUCUGGUCUAGAACUCAAUUACCAUUUUGGCGAAGCGGCGAGGCGGUGCACUCUAUAACCAGUUGCUAUGAUACACCAUAGCUAAUUUAGAUCAGGGUUGCUCAUGGGACCACAGUGGAGACCCCAAAGUGGACGUAUCUUGCCUAUUAGUUUUAUAUGUAAUAGACCAUGCUGCUGUGUGCUUAUUGGGCUUAAUCGAGAAAGAAGCGAGCAUUAUAUACAUGUGGUACUCAUACAUAGCCCCUUCUUCUCAUCUAAAGAUCGUCCCCGUUAUCUCAGUGCGUAGCAACGCGUCGGGGGAAAGCUGGAAGGGCGAUGGACGCAUGUCAUAGGCCAAGUUUUACGUCCCCACAGAAUGGUAGAGCCCACAACAAUGGCCAGUAUUCCUGUUGGCUGUGGCACGCCCCCCUCCCCCCUCUCCCUC